UCUCAUUACAUCAUGGCAGCAGACUCAAUGGAAAUUGACGAUGCUUUGUAUAGUCGCCAGAGGUAUGUUCUUGGAGACACAGCAAUGCAGAAGAUGGCUCAGUCCCACGUAUUCCUGACUGGUAUAGGUGGUCUUGGUGUGGAGAUUGCCAAAAAUAUCAUUCUGGCUGGGGUAAAGGCUCUUACAGUUCAUGACACCAAGCACUGCACAAAAUGGGAUUUGGGGAUCAACUUCUUCAUCCAUGAAGAUGAUGUUACCAGUCAAAGGAACAGGGCUGAGGCCACACUUCAUCGUAUCGCGGAACUCAAUCCAUAUGUCCAUGUAGCAGCGUCAACUGUGCCACUAGAUGAAACCACAGAUCUGUCUUUUCUGAAGCAGUACCAGUGUGUCAUAUUGACUGAAGUAAGUCUGUUGCUGCAGAAGAGGAUUAAUGACUUCUGUCAUUCUCAGCAGCCUCCUAUUAAGUUCAUCAGUGCAGAUGUAUAUGGAGUAUGUUCUCGUUUGUUUUGUGACUUUGGUGAUGAAUUUGAAGUGCUGGAUACAACAGGAGAGGAGCCAAAGGAGAUCUUCAUUUCAAAUAUAACCCAAUCAAAUCCUGGUAUUGUCACUUGCCUUGAAAAUCAUCCACACAGGCUUGAAACAGGACAGUUUUUAACCUUUCGGGAAGUUAAUGGAAUGUCCUGUUUAAAUGGUUCCACACACCAAAUAACAGUGGUGUCCCCUUACUCCUUCAGCAUUGGUGAUACAUCAGAUAUGGAGCCUUACUUACACGGAGGCAUAGCUGUGCAAGUGAAGACACCUAAGAUCUUCUACUUUGAACGGUUGGAGAAGCAGAUAACAAAUCCAUUAUGCCUUGUUGCAGAUUUUAGCAAGCAUGAGGCACCUUUGCAGAUCCAUGUUGCCAUGCUUGCCUUGAACCACUUCCAGGAGAACUUUGGUCGGGGACCGAACAUUGGGUGCCUUCAGGAUGCUGAGGAAAUGCUGAAAAUAGCCAUGUCUAUAAGUGAAACACUGGAAAACAAACCUCGGGUGAAUGGAGAUGUGGUGAAAUGGCUGUCUAGGACUGCUCAGGGAUUUCUACCUCCUCUGGCUGCAGCAGUGGGUGGUGUUGCUAGCCAGGAAGUCUUGAAAGCAGUAACAGGAAAAUUUUCUCCAUUGCAGCAGUGGCUCUACAUAGAUGUAUUAGACAUUGUGACACCUCUAGAGAAGAUGGGCUCUGAAGAAUUUGUCCCACGGGGAGAUAGGUAUGAUGCCUUGAGGGCUUGUAUUGGAGACUCUCUGUGCCAGAAGCUCCAUGAUUUGAAUGUUUUCUUGGUUGGCUGUGGAGCAAUAGGCUGUGAAAUGCUAAAAAACUUUGCACUUCUUGGUGUUGGUACAGGGCAAGACAAAGGAUUGGUUACAAUUACAGAUCCAGACUUGAUAGAGAAAUCCAACCUGAACAGGCAGUUUCUUUUUCGACCUCAUCACAUACAGAAACCUAAGAGCUAUACUGCAGCAGAAGCAACUCUGAACAUCAAUCCUUAUGUGAAGAUUGACUCAGAUAUUAAUAAAGUCUGUCCAGCCACUGAGAACACUUACAGUGAUGAAUUCUACACCAAGCAAGAUGUGAUUGUAACGGCAUUGGACAAUGUUGAAGCAAGGAGAUACAUUGAUAGUCGUUGUGUAGCAAACCUGCGUCCUCUUAUAGACUCUGGAACUAUGGGAACAAAAGGACACACAGAAGUUAUUGUGCCCCAUCUGACGGAGUCCUAUAAUAGUCAUCGGGAUCCUCCAGAAGAAGAAAUACCAUUUUGCACCUUGAAGUCCUUCCCAGCUGCCAUUGAGCAUACAAUACAGUGGGCAAGAGAUAAGUUUGAAAGUUCAUUUUCUCACAAGCCUUCAUUGUUUAACAAAUUCUGGCAAACCUAUCCGUCGGCAGAGGAAGUUUUACAGAGAAUAAAAUCAGGAGAGAGCUUAGAAGGCUGUUUUCAUGUUAUUAAAACACUCAGUAGAAGACCCCGAAGUUGGACUCAAUGUGUGGAACUAGCAAGAGUAAAAUUUGAGAAGUAUUUUAGCCAUAAGGCUCUUCAACUCCUUCAUUCAUUUCCCCUUGAUACACGAUUAAAAGAUGGAAGUCUGUUUUGGCAAUCACCAAAGAGGCCACCUUUCCCAGUGAAGUUUGAAUUUAAUGAUCCUUUGCACUAUGGUUUCAUUGUGAGCGCAGCAAAACUCAUUGCAACAGUGUACUGUGUUCCUUUCACAGAAAAGGACCUGUCAGAGGAAACUAUUUUGAGGAUUAUUUCAGCUGUGAAGCUACCAGAGUUCAGACCUUCAAACAAAGUUGUACAGACUGAUGAAACUGCAAGAAAACCAGAUCAUAUUCCAGUCAGCAGUGAGGAUGAAAGAAAUGCUAUUUUCCAGCUGGAGAAGUCUAUACUAUCCAAUGAAGCUCUGGAAACUGACUUGCAAAUGAAGCCUAUCUCCUUUGAAAAAGAUGAUGACAGUAAUGGACAUAUAGAUUUCAUAACAGCAGCAUCAAACUUGCGAGCCAAGAUGUACAACAUCGAACCAGCAGAUCGGUUCAAAACAAAGCGCAUUGCUGGAAAGAUUAUUCCUGCCAUUGCAACAGCUACUGCUGCAGUAUCAGGGCUGGUUGCACUGGAACUUAUCAAAGUUGUGGGUGGCUACCCUGCUGAUGCAUACAAGAACUGUUUUCUGAACCUAGCCAUUCCCAUAAUGGUCUUUACAGAAACUGCUGAAGUAAGAAGAACAGAAAUCAGAAAUGGGAUAUCAUUUACCAUCUGGGAUAGGUGGACAAUUUAUGGGAAAGAGGAUUUUACUCUGUUGGACUUCAUAAAUGCUGUCAGAGAGAAAUAUGGAAUUGAACCAACUAUGGUUGUACAAGGAGUCAAAAUGCUGUAUGUUCCUGUGAUGCCAGGCCAUAUUAAAAGAUUAAAGUUGACGAUGCAAAAGCUUGUGAAACCAUCAGCUGACAAGAAGUAUGUGGAUUUGACAGUAUCAUUUGCUCCGGAGACUGAUGGAGAGGAAGACUUGCCAGGGCCACCAGUGAGAUACUACUUUGUUCAUGAAGACAAUUGAUGGAAGAGACACAAAACUCACUCAUGGACCAUUUGUAUGAAAGGAGUGUGCUAAUUUUCAGCUAUUAAAGAUGGUACUCUAUAUUUCUUUUUGGUGAAGCCUUAAUUAAAUGGUGAAAAUCAGUGGCUUUGCACUGAAGACAAACUGGAUUUAUGUUUCUUCUGCUUUUGUUUUCUUCAAACCUGUUCACUCAAAGGAGGAUUGGUCACUCCAUGAAAUGGAAUGUCCAGUACAGACCUUACCUUAAAGACAAGAUUAGUAUUGAUUUGUGGGGAGCUGAAGAAAGCAAGAAGAAUGGUGAACCUAACGAAUGGUCCACAUGUGCAAAUUAGGCACUGCUUAGAGAAGAGUGCAAAAAUGGUGAACCCACCAUUUUAUGAUACUCCUGGUGUUCUAAGAACAUCUCAAAUUCAUUUCAUAUGUUACUUAAUUCUCAAGCAAAGUUUUCAUUCUUGCCAUCUACAUAUG